AUGAAGGGACCAGUAGCAGCCGUGGGGGCGCCCUCCUCCACCAAUAAGAACCCCGGGUUACUCCCCCACGGGAUGAAGGGACCAGUAGCAGCCGUGGGGGCGCCCUCCUCCACCAAUAAGAACCCCGGGUUACUCCCCCACGGGAUGAAGGGACCAGUAGCAGCCGUGGGGGCGCCCUCCUCCACCAAUAAGAACCCCGGGUUACUCCCCCACGGGAUGAAGGGACCAGUAGCAGCCGUGGGGGCGCCCUCCUCCACCAAUAAGAACCCCGGGUUACUCCCCCACGGGAUGAAGGGACCAGUAGCAGCCGUGGGGGCGCCCUCCUCCACCAAUAAGAACCCCGGGUUACUCCCCCACGGGAUGAAGGGACCAGUAGCAGCCGUGGGGGCGCUCUCCUCCACCAAUAAGAACCCCGGGUUACUCCCCCACGGGAUGAAGGGACCAGUAGCAGCCGUGGGGGCGCUCUCCUCCACCAAUAAGAACCCCGGGUUACUCCCCCACGGGAUGAAGGGACCAGUAGCAGCCGUGGGGGCGCUCUCCUCCACCAAUAAGAACCCCGGGUUACUCCCCCACGGGAUGAAGGGACCAGUAGCAGCCGUGGGGGCGCUCUCCUCCACCAAUAAGAACCCCGGGUUACUCCCCCACGGGAUGAAGGGACCAGUAGCAGCCGUGGGGGCGCUCUCCUCCACCAAUAAGAACCCCGGGUUACUCCCCCACGGGAUGAAGGGACCAGUAGCAGCCGUGGGGGCGCUCUCCUCCACCAAUAAGAACCCCGGGUUACUCCCCCACGGGAUGAAGGGACCAGUAGCAGCCGUGGGGGCGCUCUCCUCCACCAAUAAGAACCCCGGGUUACUCCCCCACGGGAUGAAGGGACCAGUAGCAGCCGUGGGGGCGCUCUCCUCCACCAAUAAGAACCCCGGGUUACUCCCCCACGGGAUGAAGGGACCAGUAGCAGCCGUGGGGGCGCUCUCCUCCACCAAUAAGAACCCCGGGUUACUCCCCCACGGGAUGAAGGGACCAGUAGCAGCCGUGGGGGCGCUCUCCUCCACCAAUAAGAACCCCGGGUUACUCCCCCACGGGAUGAAGGGACCAGUAGCAGCCGUGGGGGCGCUCUCCUCCACCAAUAAGAACCCCGGGUUACUCCCCCACGGGAUGAAGGGACCAGUAGCAGCCGUGGGGGCGCUCUCCUCCACCAAUAAGAACCCCGGGUUACUCCCCCACGGGAUGGCGCUCUCCUCCACCAAUAAGAACCCCGGGUUACUCCCCCACGGGAUGAAGGGUUAUAGUUUUCAAUUAAACUCCAAGCUAACUUUUCCUCGUCUUUCCGAGUGA